AUGGUUGCGUACACGUCAGAUGCGGCUGCGUUGGAGGCAGCGGGAAAGAAGGAAGUAUUGAAGCGAGAAUGGAACUUCUGGGCUUUGCUGGGCAUGUCGCUGUGCACUCUAUGCACGUGGGAAGCCACCAGUGCCUUGUUCGCCGGCGCCUAUUCCAACGGUGGUCCUGCCUCAGUCGUCUAUGGUUUCAUUGUUUCGGUGCUGGGGACGCUCUGCAUCGCCGGCUCUUUCGCUGAGAUGGCUUCGAUCUCGCCCAUCGCCGGAGCUCAAUAUCACUGGAGUGCUGAGCAUUCGCCACCGAAAUGGAGGGCACUCAUCAGUUACGUCCAGGGCUGGGUGACAGUCACUGGUUGGGUCGCUGCUGUGGCAUCAGUUUGCUUCUUGAUCGCUUCUAUGAUUCAAGCCGUGGCCGUCCUCAACUACUCGGAUUACGAACCAAAACGGUGGCAUGCCACGCUCAUCAUGAUUGGUUUCUCUGGCAUCGCCUCCCUAGGCAAUACUUUCGGCAAGAAGUACCUGCCACUUUGGGAGACUUUGGGAGGACUGUUGCACGUUCUGUUCUUCUUUAUCGUGUUCAUUGCGAUAUUGGCAACCAGUACGAAAGCCAAGGACGGGGAUGUCUGGGGAACGUUCAUCAACGCCAGCGGUUGGGACAGUGACGGAGUCAGCUUCUGCAUUGGCUUCCUCACCCCUGCAUUCGCCCUCGCAGGUGUGGAUGCUGUUGUACACAUGAGCGAAGAAGCCCACAAUGCACCGCUCAACAUCCCUCGAGCAAUGAUCGGGUCAGUGAUCAUCAAUGGCUGCGCCGGGUUCGCGUACAUUAUCGCCGUCUUGUACGCGAUUACGGAUGCCGACACAAUUCUUUCGACACCGACCGGCUUGCCCAUUAUUGCCGUCUUCUUGCAGGCAACCAACAACCAAAAGGCGGCAACUGCCAUGAUAACAGCCGUUAUCAUCGUCUUCUCCAUGAACCUCUUCGGAUGCACAGCUUCAGUCUCUCGCUUGAUCUGGGCUUUUGCAAGAGACCACGGGCUCCCAUUCUCGAAGACGUUUGCCCAAAUUUCAUCGCGGAACAGGUGCCCAACGAACGCCGUGGUCCUGCUCUUCGCCUGCGUCUCCCUCCUGUCUCUGAUCAACAUCGGAUCUACCACGGCUUUCAACGCGCUGAUUUCCCUCACGACCUUGGGCUUCUACUUCUCGUACGCCAUUCCCACGGUCAUGUUCGCCAUCCGCCGCUACAAUGUUUCCAACCCCAUCACCUUCGGACCCUGGACAAUGGGUAGAUUUGGCCUGCCUGUCAACAUCCUGGCGGUCGCCUUCUGCGUCUUCCUCAUCAUCUUUUUGCCAUUCCCGCCGUUCCUUCCCGUCACUGGUGUGAACAUGAAUUACGCUUCUCCUGUUUUCCUAGCCGUCAUGAUCUUCGCGACGCUCAACUAUGUUCUUCGCGCUCGCAAGAAGUUCACCGGUCCCAUCAAGGAAGUCAGCAGUGAGACCAGCAGCGAAGAAGUCACCCACGAGUCCGUCAUGCCGGAAAAGAACAUCGCAAAUUCGGAAACAUCUUGA